AUGCCCCGGCUCCCCACCCUGCUCCUACUCCAAGCCUCUCGCGAAAAUCCCCUCUUACCCCUUCUCCUCAAAGAAUGCCGUUCUUUACCCUCGGCCCGUGCCGAAUUGCGCUGGUUGCGCGAGCGCGUCGUGCGCGAUUACACGCAGCCUCCUAGUCUUGCAGAUCCAAUUGCACGAAUGCCGAGACAGGGGCAGAAUAUGCGACUCGGGAAAGAGUUGGGGAUAGACGCGGAUGUGGAUGCUGAAUCGCGGCGAGCGAGUGGAGUGCCGCUGCAGUAUAUUUUGGGGGAUCAGCCGUUUGGGGAUUUGGAGAUUUUGUGUCAGAGGGGGGUUUUGAUUCCGAGGGCUGAUACAGAGGCGUACACAUAUGAAGCUGCACGGCUGGUCGAGCAGCGAUGGAAGGAGAGUGAGAAGCAGAGGCAGAUGCAAAAGAAUCGAAAUGAACGUGGAGACAAGGAUGAUCCCACCAUCCCUCCAGGUUGCACAUCAUCUCCUCAACCACUCCGCAUCCUCGACCUCUGUACCGGAACCGGAUGCAUCGCCCUCCUCCUGCACGCACUGUUGGCGGGAUCAUCCCAAGCCCCGCGACCUCUGCAAAUCUUGGGGGUCGAUCUCAGUCCCACGGCGGUGCGUCUCGCGCGGCGGAAUCGAGAACAUAAUGUGCGAUUGAAUGGUCUCGAGGCUCGGGCCCGAGAAGAGGUUGAGUUUCGGCGAGGUGAUGUACUGAAAUCGAAUGCGAAACAUGAACAUGCACAUCAACAGGGGCAUGAGCAUUCGAAUGAAAAUGGUGAUGGGAUUGAGAAUGCCCAUGCCCAAGUCGAUCUCGGUGACAUUCACACUCGUCCGAUCAAAAGCACAAAGAUCACGAGCACACGUACGGCCACCUCGAAUGGACCCUCAUCUCGCGCAGGCAAUCGUGACGGUCAUGUGCCCAGCGUGGAGAAUCUACUCUCUUCAUUUUUCCACCAUCAUCCGUUUCACUCUACCUCUCCCUCUCCCUCUCCUUCGACCACCACUCCCACUGCCAAACAAGAAUCUCUCCCCAAAAUCGACCUGCUCAUCUCCAAUCCCCCCUACAUCUCCGCAUCAGAUUUCCACAACGGCACCACCGCACGAAGUGUCCGACUUUUCGAGCCACGACUCGCCCUCGUUCCACCACUCCUCACACGCCCACACGAAAAAAACCACAUCAAUCUACAAAAGUUCAAGGGGCUCCGGACCGAACCUGCCCACGCCCAACCACUAGAUCACCCAGAAGACAUCUUCUACCGGCACAUCCUGCAACUGGCGCACAAAGUCCAGGCCGGCAUCACCGUGCUCGAGUGCGGUGAUCGCUUACAGGCCGAACGAGUGGUGGGAUUGUUUCGGGAGACGGUGAGAAAGGUGGUUUCAUCCUCGUCAUUGGACGGGAUGGAUGAACAUGAUCCGGGGACGGACACGGAUGGAUCAUAUGCAGUGGAGAUUUGGCCGUCGAGAGAGGAAGAUCUUUGCGCGAAUGGAUUCCAUCCACGAGAUGGAUCGCGGUGUGUGAUUAUUCAGAGGAGAUGA